UGGUUUGCGCGGUCUCGGUGGAAAUCUUGAGGCGAACUGGCUUGGCUCUUUAGGGUUUCGCAAGAAAAAGCUCAUAAUUCUUUUUCCAGUUUCCUUUUGUGGGCGAAUCAUCCCUUUAGGAUCUUGAUACGGUAAACAGAGAUUCGAAGUAUCAUAGUUUCCACGUGGAAAUGAACGCUAUUGUCAAGAUGGCAUGAGGAAGGGAGUUGCAGAAUAUUUCUACAUUCUUCUCAACGAACAGUGGUUUCGAGAUCAAGCGAACACUUGUCUACACCGAGCCAAAUAAUUGACACCAUAGCUUCUGAAACUCCAACCGCCGCUUCUUCUCAGGAGCCUGCCGAAUCAAGGGAAGAAGAAGGAUUUGUCAUGGUUGAUGCAGCCACGCCUCCUCCAACCAGUCAAUUCUCACAGUUAAAAGUGACAAUUGCCAAGGCUAAGCUCAAGGAACAGACAGGGUGGUUUGCAAAGGGUGAUCCAUAUGUGAAGCUGAUCGUUGAUGCCAAGAACCCCCCCAAGAAGACAGAGGCUGCCAAGAAGACAUGGGAACCCGUCUGGGAUGAGAAUUUCACUGUGCUUGUGACCCCAUACAGUGUUCUUGAUCUUGAGGUGAAUAACAGAUUCUCUCUGAAGAGUGAUGUCCCCCUAGGAGCAGCCAAAGUUGAACUUAUUGAUGUCUUGCAUAAAUGCAGGGGAAAAUUAAAUAGCCACACAUUAAAGCUCCCGAUUCUCCUGGACAAGGGGGCUGCCAAGGUGCAAACUGGGGACAUAGAGAUUAUCCUGGAUGGCAUGAGUAUUAAUGUGCGACAGUUUCCACGCCGACGGGGAAGCCCUGCUACUGCCAAUGGACCAGCAUCAUCCAAUGGGCCUGUCCCAGGGGCGACACCUCAGAGGGCUAAUAAUGGGGAUGUGCAUCGUCGUGAGAGGUCAAGAGAUUCUCACCCACGCCCGUCUAGCACUGCUGGGGUGUCUAGCCCUGCCUCUGGGGCCCAGACCUCUGGGAGCAGCACUAGGAAUGCUUCAACUGCAGUCACUGCUAGCGCAGGUAACAACAGUCCUCUAGCCCCACCCUCCAGGCCUCCCCCUCCAUCUGCACGACCCUUGACAGGAAAUGAGGAGCCCCUCCCCCCUGGCUGGGAGCAGAGGGUUGACCCGCACGGCAGGAUCUACUACGUGGACCACAACUCAAGGACUACUGCAUGGGAACGCCCCCAGCCCCUUCCCCACGGUUGGGAGAGGAGGACAGACUCAAGGGGACGUACAUAUUACGUUGACCACAACACUAGAACCACAACCUGGCAAAGACCAACAGCUGAGACCAUAAGGACCUUUGAAAACUGGCAAAAUCAGAACCGGGCAAUGUUAGGAGCAGAGAGGCAGCAAUUCCAACAACGAUUCUUAUUACCGAACCAACAGGACGCUGAACGUGACAAUGGGCCCCUUGGACCUCUCCCAGCUGGCUGGGAGAAAAGAGUUGAAACCAAUGGACGUGUUUACUUUGUCAAUCACAAUACAAGAACCACACAAUGGGAAGACCCCCGGACUCAGACGACUGCAAGUGCAGAUAAGCCCCUCCCACAAGGCUGGGAGAUGCGCUACACAAAUGAGGGAAUUCCAUACUUUGUCGACCACAACACUAGAACAACUACAUUCACCGAUCCACGUGGUAAUGGGGCGCCGGGUGUUAAGGGUGCUGCUCCUGCAUUUGAGAGAAGCUUCAGAUGGAAAGUGGGACAAUUCAGGCAUCUCUGUCAGGCCAACACUCUUCCCAGUCAUAUCAAGAUAACAGUCAGUAGGACCAACUUGUUUGAGGAGUCAUUCCAACAAGUGAUGCGCUACCAGCCGCAUGAUCUGCGCCGCAGGCUUUACAUCACUUUCAAAGGGGAGGAGGGCCUGGACUAUGGAGGGGUGGCUCGUGAGUGGUUCUUCCUAUUAUCCCAUGAGGUUCUUAAUCCCAUGUACUGCUUGUUCGAAUAUGCGAACAAGAAUAACUACAGUUUACAAAUAAAUGCAGCAUCCUCUGUCAACCCAGAUCACCUCAUGUAUUUCAAAUUCAUUGGUCGCUUUAUUGCUAUGGCAUUGUACCAUGGUAAAUUCAUUGACAGAGGAUUCACACUUCCAUUCUACAAACGCAUGCUGAAUAAGAAGCUGCUCAUGAAAGAUUUAGAGACAAUAGAUCCUGAAUUCUACAACUCUCUUGUUUGGGUCAAAGAGAAUAAUAUUGAAGAGUGUGGGCUUGAGAUGUUCUUCACUGUUGAUAUGGAGCUACUUGGCAAAGUGACAUCCCAUGAUCUGAAGCCUGGUGGUACGGAUAUAGCUGUUACUGAGGAAAACAAGGAGGAGUAUAUAUCGUUGAUGACUGAGUGGCGGUUGAACAGAGGAAUAGAGGAGCAGACCCGGGCGUUCCUAGAGGGGAUGCAUGAGGUGCUGCCCCUCUACUGGAUUCAGUACUUUGAUGAGCGUGAGCUGGAGUUGAUGCUGUGCGGGAUGCAGGAGAUAGACGUGGAGGACUGGCAGCAGAAUACGGUGUACAGGCACUACACUCGGAACAGCAAGCAGGUCAUGUGGUUCUGGCAGGCUGUGAAGGCGUACGAUAACGAAAAGAGGAUUCGUCUUCUUCAGUUCGUGACAGGAACGUGCCGUCUCCCAGUUGGAGGUUUUACAGAGCUGAUGGGGAGCAACGGACCUCAGAAAUUCUGCAUAGAGAAAGUCGGCAAAGAAACGUGGCUUCCGCGUAGUCAUACCUGCUUUAACCGUCUUGAUCUCCCACCGUACAAGAGCUACGAGCAGUUGGUUGAGAAGCUGACGUUCGCUAUCGAGGAGACUGAGGGAUUCGCCCAGGAAUAACCACGUGUCACGACCACCUGGCUUCACCACAAAAGGGGCCUGGUAACAAGCGUGCGUUACCUCCCUUUCGGCUUCACUACAAGAGGGGCCUGAUAACGAGCGUGCGUUAUUUACCCCGUAACACGUCACGCUCUUAUCGAAAGUUACUUUUUUCUAUAGCUAAAAGAUAUCGGCUUGAAUGUAGAUAUUUUAACUUCAUAAACACAUAAAAAUCAAAGCUAUUUGUAGAAUAGCGUUUAUCCAGUUCGGCUAAAUAAUUUUGAUCCGUUUCCUGGAUUGCAUUUAACUACUAUAGGUUGUUUUUGCUAAAAAGUUGAUUUCGAAGUAAUAAGGCAUAUCUAUUAUGGAAUUCCUCACACUUUCACGAGCAGUCAAUUUGCUGUAUUUUUAUUUCGAAUCAGAUUUUAAAAUUUGCAUUACUUUUAUACAAAAAAUCCGGAUUUGUUGGUUCAUGUUCUGAGAAAAAAAGAAGAAAAUUGUAUAAACAAGGGCUACACGAGUUGUAUAAUACACAUAUUUUCACAAUUGUAGGUGUUGCAUCAGCUUUCAAUAUGAAUGAAGUAGAAAAAUUUCCUGGCCAUUUUUACCCUCUCCUCUCUUGAUUAUUUAACCACUUUUUCUCUAGUACAUUCACUGCUCUAUUUUCUCACAGAAGUGUGCAUUAGUGGAUAUGAAACAAAUAUUUUUCUAAUGGCGCAGUUUCUAAGGCCAUAAUGAGAUUUUUGAGUAAUAUGAGUAGAGUAUUUGAAAAAAUUCACCAGAGAAUGGCCGAAAAGAAGCGUACCCGGAAGAAAACGAGUAAAAAAGCUUGAAAUAUGCUAGAAAUAAACGAUUUGAGAAGAUUAACGCGAGAAAGAGUGGGCGCGAGCAGGAUAAUUUGUAUAGAUGUCAGGGAAGAGAUGCGUGAGAGAUGUAACAUUUGGCUAGAAACGCGCGAAGGAAGAAGAUGAGAGAAGAAAUAAUCCAUCGUUAGUUUGCAUGACUCUGCUUGAGUCGGCUUGUACAUAAAUAAUUUCGUGCUUUGUUAAUCAUUAUCGAAUGUGAAAAUUAGCCCAUAUUUUCUCUCUCUCUCUCUCUCUUCUUUUAAAUUCCUUUGCGCGAAAUCUUUCUCGCUAUACGUCCCCAACGCAGAAUCUAAAUGACUGGGAGAUUAAAGAUAAUCAGACUACAUAAUAGGGUAGUGUGCAAUUUAUAUAGAUAUGGUAAAAUAUGACAAGUUCUAGUAAAUGUUAAUAUUGUUGUAUUUGUAAGUAACUUGAGCUAGAUUUGAUCUUUCAAUGUAAAAAAAUUAAAUAGCGAGAAAUUUAA